CAAUGAUGUCUCAUCGCUUGCUUCGCUAGUAUGUCGGCAUUCAAUCUAGAAACGUUUAUCCUGCACCUGGCCUGCCACUUGGUCGGUGCCCGGGCCGUCCGGGAAACGCUGGAGCAAAACUCCGGCUCCUCUCGCCUAUACUGGCGGUCCCCCAUAUUGUGUGCCGAUAAAAGUGUCGACCCAACACGCCUGGACGUUGGAAAUGAAUCCCAUGUUAUCUUUGUCGACGUUGCGUUUGAAAUUGUGACGUCGACUCGGAACGCCGGGGAUCGAAUUCGUUGCCACUGGGGUAGUUUGGUGCAACAUCAAGGAUCCGGAUACUACCUUGCCAGCCGUUUCCUUUCCGUCGCCGACCUCGAGCGCCAUUUCCCCGAACACGUCGUGUCAGUGUCCUUCACUCCCGGAGCCGCUUUAGCCCAGACCAUAGCCACGGCUCUUCGGUCGAUUCAGGACGAAACUUCCACUCGCGUCGAACGGAAUCGUACCAACGGGGAGCCUCCUGUUGUUUGGCUUAGUCUGGACUACGAAGCGUUGGACGAGAAACUAGACCUUUGCGUAUAUGACAAGCAAAACAGCUCACGUUUAGAGGGUUCCUCAGUUGACAAACUCUCGCCUGCCCUUUACUCGACCAUGCUGUUCAAUCUGCUGCCGACGUUCACCGCUACCGAGCCGAUGGACGAAACACAAGCUCAGCAGAUUGAAGCCCUUUGGCGCAGCAAUACGCGAGCUCAAAGCAUCACAGAAGACGAACGUGAUGGUUUUGAUAACGUAGGUUUGAAUAACAGUCCCCGGUUCUCUGCAACACCAAUUGCUGUUCCGUCGUCUAGCACGUCCUCGUCCACCAAAUUCGGACGAUCCGCCACGGACGACAGAGCAUCACCGGCAAUAUCACCCUUGGCCGGCAAUAAGAGGAGAAAACUGGGCCGUGGUAUGGGGGUGCCUCGGCGCAAGGCAAAAAAGUUGCAGUAUUUGGGCUAA